UACUUGUGAAAUCUGUGAAUGAUCACAGAGGUCACAUGGUAGAAGGCUAUUCACAACAGCCUUGUACCAUGUGACAAGCUGUGACCAAUCACAGCUCUCAGAGUAUUUCUGCAAGAAUGCAGCCAGAGAGAAAUAGAAAUGAUUGCUUUUACAGCCUUUAUGGGUGAAAAAGCAAUCAGUGUAAAAAAGGAAAAAAAAAAUCUUCAUCACCCUCCACAAGUAGUACAGUGCCACUAUGGUGACACUGUACUGCUAGGAGGUCCCGUACAGCGAUCAGUGUUCAUGGUGCCGUGCACUCUCAGGGAGUGCACACAGGCAGUAAAUGUUUAUAAACGGCCACCCGCUCCUGCACUGCUCCCGUCCGGCCGUUUAUGCACAUGGGCCUGAUGGGAAGUGGAUAA